AUGCCUCGACUGCGAAGACAAAAGACUGUUGGAGGCCGUCUUAUUCCGACUUAUGGUCUAAUUGGCGGUGCAACCUUGGCAGUAAACGCAACGUAUGGUCACAGUUUGUCUCGGGUUGCUUCCUGGCGAAGCUUCAGAAGCACUGAAUGGACCAAGCUCAUUAGUUAUGAGCCAUGGCAUCGAGAUUCUGUUAUUCUUGGACUAUUGUGGUCGUCCAGCCUUGUCCAACUCUCAGAUGCCAAUCCCUUUGAACUCAGGACUCAGGACUCCGAACUACCGGGCAAGCGUGGAUAUCACAUAAUGCUGACGAUUGGCACUAACUUCGCACCAAUCUUUCCAAAGGCCGCAAGCUUUUCAGUCUAG